AUGCCUGGAUUCAUGAUGGAAUUGCUUCGUCAGCAGAGAGAGAUGAUGGCAAUGAACCAGCAGCUCGUUGCGACGAUGCUCCGGAGAAUGGAUCUGGAGGAAGAGAGAAGGAACAAAGCGGAAGAGAAAGUUCUUGAGGCAGCUGAAGCGGCCAAGCAGGCAGCAGAGGCAGCUAAGACUCGGGACCCCUUCCAGCCGAGCACUGCUCCCGCGAGCAGUUCUGCCGCUAGUUCGGGAGCUCCGGCAGUUCCGUCUCCCUCCGGGUACUCUGGUGCUGGAGGCCGUGCAGAGAAGUAUCUGCCGAACCUUCCGGUGAUAGACCAUCAAGGCAUGGGGAAAGGGCGCAUGAAGGAGGUAGAGACUUGGCACUCCUUUAUGGAGACGCUGAGUUCCUGGCUUGCCCUGCAGGAAGAAGCGUUUGUUCGGGAACUGCAGCUUUGUAUCCCUGUGAAGAAGGAGAUUGUGCAAGCUGACUUGAAUCCCGAGACUGCCGCACGUAGCUCCAAGCUGUUCUACUACUUGACGCAGUCCCUCGCCAAGUGGGAGCGGGGAAGCGAGCUCUUGAGGUCCUGCUCGAAGAGGCAGGGGCAGAGCGCCUGCGGCUACGAGGUGAUUAGAACGAUUACCUCUCAGUACUCCAUCGUGUCGCGGAUGGAAGCUGUCUUCGUGAGAGAACAGGCUUUGAAGUUGUACCAGCACGUUGGGCAUUUGAAGAGGCCCACCGACUUGAUUCGACAUCUUGAGGAUUCGUUUUCGAAGUCUGAGGCGAAGCUGAGCAACUUUCCGGAGCUUCUGCUGUCUGAGGCUGACCGCUGCUCUGUCCUGUUACAGAGCUUGGGUGCAGAAGUGCGUCAGUACGUGGUACUGCACGGGUCCAGCUCGAACUGGGAAGCUCUUCGAAGGACGCUGACUUACUACGAGGAGCAGCUGCGACUGUGUGAGGCCCCUGGGUCUUCGGGCCGAGCCUUGCAGGAGAAGCUUUGCGACUACUGCGGGAAGAAGGGACACACAGCCGACAAGUGUUGGCAGCGCCAAAAGGAAGAACGUGAACGCGGUGGUGCUCCGAAGGGCAAAGGGAAAGGAGACAAAGGAAAGCCGAAAGGCAAAGGCGACCAGACUCCCAAGGGAUCUGGCACGCCCCGUGGUUCCGAGAAGGGCAAGGGCGACAAAGGAAAGGGCGACAAAGGAAAGGACAAAGGCAAGAAGCAGAAGAAGAAGAAGAAGGGACAGCCUGGAAAGGGACGCUCCUUGACAGAGCCGGAGUCCGAGGCCGAGUCGGGAGGAAGCGCCACAGUGAUGGCGAUGAGGUUUUCCUGUCCUGGGCGUGGUUCUUCGGAGCCCUCUUCUUCGGAACGCCGUGUUCUGAGACAGCCUGAGAAGCCUGAGUCGUCCGCCCUUGUAGUUCCGAAGCCGGGUUCAGGACCCGAAGGGUCGCCUGGGUCUGAGAGUCGAGGUUCUGAGUCUAUGGGCUCCUUAGGAUCCCGUAUGUUGAAGUACGGCGACGUAGCUCAUGUCUGCAAGGCCCUCGAGACUACUCCUGGGGACCUUUGGCUAGUGGAUAGUGGAGCCACCUGCCACAUUGUUUCGGACAAACAUCUCUCAGGAUUUCGUGUUGUCAAGAAGUACGACCGAACGGCCAAUCUGUUCAAUGCCUCGGGUGGUGCGAUCGUUGUGUCGGGGGUUGUCGACCUUGAGGUUCAUUUUGGUGAUGUUUUCCUGAGGUUGGAAGAGGUCCUGGUGGCGGAUGUUGGGUUCAACGUUGUUUCGCCUUGGACCGGGUCGGAACGGGGCUGGAAAACCUAUCUAGCCAAAUCGGGAUCACGAUUGUACAAAGGAAACGGAAAGAAGAGCAUCAAGCUGAUGGGCGCUUCGCGUGCCUGGUGGGCUCUGAGCGGGAGGUCCAAGGGCCGGGGGAAAGAGAAUUCUUCCAGACGCCCCCCGAAAGGGAUCGAGGACAUGGAGAUAGAUGCCUUGAAGGACCGCGACCUGCUAGGAUCGAGCAAGGAGUCCACCGCAGGACCCCAGAAGCCUGGAGAAGGAAUCCUGAAGAAAGGAAGAAAGACUUCGGAAGAAGACGAGUCUGGCCGCCACGCUUUGGCUGCCACUCCUUUUGGGUUUCUGCUUCGGGGUCUUAGGGCGGAAGUUGCUCCAAGAGCGCCUGCACCACGGGAGAUUGAGCUUUGUGAUCUUCUAGAAGAGUCUAGUGACGUUAGGCAGGGCGCGGCGAUUGAUUUUAGGAAACAGGUGCAUGCUGGCAUGGCUCUUGAUUUUAGGAAACAGUCGCAUGUUGGCAUGGUGCUUUGCAUGUUUUUGGCAUGUUUUUCCAUGGUUUUGCGAUGGCAUGUUUUCAUGAGAGACAUGGUUGUGCAAGCGCAGUGGGUUUUUGCUGCUGUGCUCGAGCGGACUUUUACCCUUACGGCUUUUGCAGAAAGACUCAGAAUACGCCUCUUUUUCCUGCUAUGGGAAACUAUCUGGGCGGAUCAAAGCCGGAAUGCGAGUGCCGGUGCGAAGUGUGCGGAAAGCAGGGGUGCGUUAGACGCAAACCUGCGCACACCCAUCAUUAUUGCUGGGCCUGUAUACAGCACUGGUCGGGGCUGCAAUGGCUACGUGCCCACGACGAGGUUCCAGAUUCGCAGUAUUCUGAGAGCGAUGCUGAUGGUAGCAUUGCAGCUGGUUGGGUCUUGCUCGAUGGCAAGUGAAGAAGACAGAAGCAACUGCGUGAGCCUAGGAAGCGACUGUGUGAGUCUAGGAAACAGCUGCGUGAACCUAGGUCUCCCUUUGGAGAUCAUAAUGGACGGUGCCAGCGGGGACGAGUUUACCCCGAGUGUUGCUUUGAGCAGCCCAGGCUCUCCUGGGAAUCCGCCUACUCCACCGGCUUUGGAGAGCCCCUCUUUCGAACUACCGGGGCUAGAGCCGCCGGGUGGGGGACCAUCGUCGCCGGUGGCGGUCUACCCGUCGCCAGUGGUGACGGAAGCAGCGGAGGAGAGCGAAGGGGAGGAGAGUUGGGGCCACAAGUGGCCGAAUCCCUCGAAGCGCCUGCGCGCUGGGGGUCCUUCAGAGGUCGAGGGGCCUACGCCACCGCGGGUUGGAAUCCCGGCGAAUAUUUCGCCGGGCUCGCUGAGUCCUCCUUUUGGUGCGGUUCAGAUGAAUGUGGGGACCCAACUCCUCCUGAGGGCGUUGAGGCUGGAGGCUGGCCGCAGAUGGGAGCAUGCGGAAACGCUGGGCCUUGCAAAGGUCUCGGUCGACUCUACCGAGCCUAUUCCGUUGCUCUCGCACUUGGCGGGGAUUCCAGCGAACAUGGAAGAUGCCUACGAUGCCCCCUCCCUGGCGUUCUGUGCGCCAGGACACGCCUUGAGAGCACUUUGCUCUCCGGCGGCGACGAUGCUUGGUCCGAUAGGCUUGCCCGACCUAGAGCAUCCAGCUGCUUGGCUACCAGCCACUCCGGUGAUUCCUGUGACAGCGGCCUAUCCGGAGGAGCCAGUGAGGGCUUCGAGGCCGAAGAUGGUGGAAUCGGAAGCCCAAUGUAUCAUUGGGCAGCAGGAAUGGGAGGUUUGGUUGGGACGUUGCCUAGAGGGCAAGAGCCUGGCAGAGUACGGGCUUCAUAUGGUAGAUGUGGAGUUCGCUGUCAGGGUUACCGAACUUCUGGAGGCUCCACGGGCCGCUCGGGCAGCGUGGAAGCGAAGGUUUCAGGAACCCAACCCUGUGUCUAUGCUCCACUAUAUCUUCCAUUGUCGAGCCGUUUUGCAAACCUAUUUGGCUACGCCUGCUGGAUACAAGGGACUGGUGGGAGGACGUUCGAGUCUGCUCGUAAAGGUGCCCCAGUCGGUCACCUCGUUCGAGCUCAAAACGGCUUGGGCGUUUCUAGAUUCGGGCAUAUAUCUCCGUGUUGCCCGAUAUUACAGGCGAAAACGAGAGGAGGAGCGCCUCCACGAGGCCCGGGAAUCCAUGCGAGCGGCAAGGGCCAAAUCGGCAGCGAUCCCUCAGGGUGGUGUAGUGGACACCACCUCUUCGAGCUCCGACGAGGAGUCCUUGCUCCUUGGAGAGGGGGAACUUACUGCGCUGAACAGGGCCCAGGGCCAAGAAGAUUUAUCCGACCUCGCCAUAUGGCGCACAUUGGAAGAACUUACAGGCCAGAGGUUGUCCCAAUUGGAUGGCUAUGUUGGGGCGGCCGACGAGGGAAAUCAGCCCGCCGAGGCGGGACAGCCGGCGCCGCCGAGCCCGGCUUCCUCAAUGCCACCUGGAGAACUGGUGGCUACGGCCUUCAACCUCCCGAGGGUCUCGGCACCUACGCUUCCAGAGGGAAUGCAGAGGGAGGACUAUCGAAGGCACGGCGUGAACAUCCCGCCGUCGGUUCCAAAAAGAUCUCGGCUACCCACGCCUCCGAGGGCUAUGAGUGCGGCUUCGAGUGGUUCUGCCACCGGUGAGGCAAGCCCUCGAAGAGGGCCAGAGAUUGUUGGAGUGAAUGGUUUCACGCCAGGACUGGAUAUUGGUAUCAUCGUGCUCCUCCUGACGGUCUACAGCCUCUUCUGGGGUAUAGCUUUGUGGGUGAAAGGUUUUGGGGAGCGCGUUUGUGAGCAUGUCUUUGAAAACUUGAAGUGUGCAUGUUGCGGCAUGUUUGGCAUGCUUUGUGCCGGAGAUGAUGAACCGGUUUACCGUCGCCGGGGACCGGUACACGUUCUGAUCCGUUUGACUUGGACCCCGAACCUUCCUCGAGACCUGCUCCCGAGGAAGCUGCAGAGAGAGAACCAGACCAUAGGUCUUGAUUUCUUCUAUUUUGGAAAACUGAGGGUACUCUUGAUGAUGCACCUCGGUUCUAAGUAUACUGUCUCUCUUCCUGCGAUGCACCUCGAUGACCCUGACCUGCUCCACAACAUCAACCGUGUGAUUCGCGAAAUGGGAUUAGUCGGUAAAGCGGUUACAUUUCGGAUGGACCAAGAAGCGGCUCUUGGAGCCCUUGCCGAGAAACUCACCAAGUGCGAUAGCAGCCCUGCCAGCGCAACUUUGAUUGACGUGGUUCCGGGCUACAGGCCCCAGUCGAAGGGAUCGAUUGAGCGGCAGGUUGAAACUAUGAAGCAGGGUUUCUGGUCUGUUUGGUUGGACCUGGAGAAAGAGGUUGCUAAGGUGAAGCAGGAAACGGAAGCCGUUGAGCUUGGGAAGUAUCGGUUACCUUUGGGAGGUUUGCUUUGGCAAGCCUGUGUUUUCUACGUUGCUAGGUGCUAUAACCUCUGGUGUACCAGCGUCGGGGAUUCGAGCACUAGCAUAGAUCGACUGCAUGAGGAGAUUGUGAACCGAACUCGGACGAGACCGUUCGGGUGUCUGGUUCAAGCUCAGGUCAGUAAGUCCAAGGCGCACCAUGAUAAGUUCAGGGGCGCCCGGACCGUGAAAGCGGUUUAUCUGGGACCGGUGCACGCCAAAGGUGGCGGCAUCUUUGCCGUCCCUGUCGGAAGCAGUGAAAUAGAUAUAUUCCCCGUCGCCAGAAUGAUUCAGGGAGGUGACAUCUACGAUGCCAAGACCCUGGAAGAGCUAUCUUUAGCUAAGCCUCUUCUGCAGGACACUGAGGACCCCGAGAGGCCCAUACUGUUUGAUCCGUUGGAGGCUCCUGGUGAUGAUGCUCCUGAUGAGGGGGCGGGUGUGGGAAUGGAUGAAGAUGGUGAUGAAGAGAUGAUCGAAGAUGAGCUUGGUGACUAUUCUCCUUCGGAAGCGCCUGAGAACCAGGAGGUUGUGAACGAUGAGGGGGAUAUGGAAAUAGACUGGCUCACGAAUCACUAUCUUGAGUCCCUGUUUCGAGGGCCUGACCUUCGAGCCGCCUCCACUGCAGUCGCAAAGUCGUUUGAUUUGAAGUUUGGGGGUACGAAGAUAAGGUGUGCUGUUCCCCAGCACGCUGUUUCUGAGACUUCGGGAGAGAAGCUAGAACCCGACCUCCUUUACGCAUCAAUGAAGCUUGAGUUGGAAGAGUUGGAGUCCUUUAAGGUUGGGGAAGUGAUCCCUGAGCGUGAAGCUCGCCGUCUUGCUAAGGAAAACGGCAGGCGAGUUUUGACUAGCAGGUGGGUCAACACGGUCAAGAAGAAGGGACUGUAUAGAUCUAGGCUAGUCGUGCGGGAUUAUGCCUCUAUGGGAGGCACCACCUUGAGUGAGGGAAUCUACUCUCCUACUACUUCAUUGGAGGGUCUGAGAUUGCUUCUAUCAAUGCUCUGCCGACGUGGCAGUGUGUUGUCCUGCGAUGUCUCGGUAGCGUUCAUGCAUGCUCCCGUAGCGAGGGCAGAAUUCGUAGAGUUGCCGAAUAAUGUGAGCACCCAGGGGACUGGGGAACGAGUUUUCGUCAAAUUGCGGAAAGCGAUGAACGGAUUGCGCUCUGCUCCAUUAUCUUGGUAUUGCGAGUUGGCUGAAUACUUGCGGUCUCAGAACUUCGAAGCAAGUUUGGAUCCCACUAUAUUCCGUCGUCUUACGAGGAAGGGUUUGACGAUUGUGUUGUUUUAUGUGGAUGACUUGCUGAUCUAUAGUGAAGAUGAAGCUGAGGGGCGCCGGUUCUACGAGGAGUUGCGUAAAAGAUACAAACUGAAACUUACGGGCGAGUUGAUUCAAGAUUGCCCCGGGGAAGUCUCGUUUCUCGGUCGGCGGAUCUUUCGCCGUAAGAAAGGGGAACGUACGGUGUAUUUCGGGCUAGACGAACAGUACCUGAGUUCCUGUUGCGAGGAGUACGGAAUCACCAAACCUGCACCAAAGCUCCCUUCCCUUGAACGCCGCUAUGCUGAGUUGCUGAAGAAAGGCCAGACUGAGCCGAUCAGUCCAGCUGCUCACGAAAGGUACAGAAGGACUCUGGGCCGGUUGGCCUGGGCGGCUUUAUCACGACCAGACCUGCAGUUUGUGUGUGGGUUUCUGGGCCGCCACCAAGCAGCUCCUGACGAGGCUGCCGAGACCUGUAUGAGGGAUGUCCUUCGUUGGGUCAAGGGUCUUCCGCACAAGGUCCAGAGGUUUCCGAGCAAAAGGGAGAUCUUGGAAGAUGAUGCGGACCCUGCCUCUGUAUCUUGUUUUACGGACGCGAGCUGGAGUCUGAAUUCGGUAAGCGGCGGAAUCAUCACGUGGGAGAACUGUUCCCUGAAAAGCUUCAGCAGGAAACAAACGACUACCGCACUCUCCAGUGCGGAAGCUGAACUCGCUGCACUCACAGAGGUUGCUCGUGAAGGGUUGUACAUUGCUUUGCUUGUGGAGACCAUCCGCGAGGGUAUGCCGAAAGACAAGGAAACCGGAAAAGCCCUGGAGAAGUGGAGAGCGGCUCUGGCCGUUCACAAGAGGUCCUGGAAAAGGAUCGAGAAGCUGUUGGAGCCUUACAUAGGCUCCCCGAACCUUCUGCUUUCUCACGAGUGGCCUGAGAGGUCAGGACUGUGGGAUGAGACUGUGUUUAAGAGGGUUUCUAAGAAGCUUCGUUUGGAUCAGGGUUGCCUUGUGGAUCGUUGUUGCUUUGAAAAGGGUGACCAACGACCUUGGAAAAGAUGGUGGUUUGUGUCUAACCGCACAGAGUUUGUGUGGGGACUUUCGUCUCAGUGCUCUGAGGGACACGGCCACUACUACCUUCCUCUUCCUGAGUCAGGUGUGUAUCCAGCGGGUUUAGGAUUCGCUCUCUUGAAGAACGCGAAGAAGACUUUUGAGGAGAAGUGA